CCGGCGGGCGGGCGGGCGGGGAGCACGGGGCGCAGCGGGGUGCUCGGGCCGGCGGCGGGGCCCCAGCAUGGCCGAGCCGCUGCUCAGGAAAACCUUCUCCCGCCUGCGGGGCCGGGAGAAACUUCCCCGGAAAAAGUCAGACGCCAAGGAGCGCGGCCGGCCUGCCCAGCCCCCCGCGCCCAGCCCCUUGGAGCCAGAAGCCCAGGCGCCUGAAGGGCCCCCCUCGGGAGCAGACGGGGCGCCCAGCCCCGAGCCCUCCCGGAGCCCGGCCCGCGGCGUGUACCUGCAGAGCCUGGAGCCCAGCAGCCGCCGGUGGGUGCUGAGCGGAGCCAAGCCCCCAGAGGAGGUGGCCGCGGGGCCCCGCCUGCCGGGCAACGGCGAGCCGGCCGGCGAGAUCUGGUACAACCCCAUCCCCGAGGAGGACCCCCGGGCCGCGGCGCAGCCGGCGUCGGACGCACCAGGUGCCGCCCCCGGCAGCCCGCCCCCCAAGGCGUCGCGCACCAAGUCCCCGGGGCCCGCCCGGCGCCUGUCCCUGAAGAUGAGGAAGCUGCCCGAGCUGCGGCGCCGCCUGAGCCUGCGGAGCAGCCGCGCCGGCCGGGAGCGCGAGCGGGCGGCGCCCGCAGGCUCCGUCAUCAGCCGCUACCACCUGGACAGCAGCGUGGGCACCCCGGGCCGGGCGGUGGCGCCCCCGCGAGCCGGCCACCUCAGCGACGGCGACUCUCCGGAGCGGCCCGCGGGGCCGCCGUCGCCCGCCACCUUCCGGCCCUACGAGGCGGGCGCGGGGGGCGCGGCGGGCGCGCGGGUGCCCCCGGCCGCGCUCUGGGGCCGCCUCAGCCUGCACCUGUGCGGACUCGGGGGGCUGCGGCCGUCGCCGGGGGCCGCCCCGCGGGACCUCUACUGCCUGCUGCAGGUGGACGGCGUGGCGCGGGCACGCACCGGGCCGCUGCGCGCCGGCCCCGACUUCCUGCGGCUGGACCACACUUUCCACCUGGAGCUCGAGGCCGCGCGGCUGCUGCGGGCGCUGGUGCUGGCGUGGGACCCCGGCGUCCGGCGCCACCGGCCGUGCGCCCAAGGCGCGGUGCUGCUGCCCACCGUCUUCCGAGGCUGCCAGGCCCAGCAGCUGGCCGUGAGCCUCGAACCCCAGGGGCUGCUGUAUGCCAAGCUGACCCUCUCAGAGCAACGAGAAGCUCCUGGCUCGGCAGAGCCCCGCGUCUUCGGGCUGCCCCUGUCGCUGCUGGUGGAGAGGGAGCAGCCGCCUGGCCAGGUGCCCCUCAUCAUCCAGAAGUGUGUUGGACAGAUCGAGCACCGAGGGCUGCGGGUUGUGGGGCUAUACCGCCUAUGUGGCUCAGCAGCUGUGAAGAAAGAGCUUCGGGACGCGUUUGAACGGGACAGUGCGGCUGUCUGCCUCUCUGAGGACCUGUACCCAGAUAUCAACGUCAUCACUGGCAUCCUCAAGGACUACCUAAGGGAACUGCCCACACCACUCAUCACCCAGCCCCUCUACCAGGUGGUACUGGAGGCCAUGGCCCAAGGGCCCACCAGCAGGGCACCCCAGAGCACUGAGGGCACCCGGGAGCUCCUCAGCUGCCUGCCAGAUGUGGAGAAGGCCACGCUGACACUCCUACUGGACCACCUGCGUCUCGUGUCCUCCUUUCACGCCCACAACCGCAUGACCCCGCAAAAUCUAGCUGUGUGCUUCGGUCCAGUGCUGCUGCCUGCCCGCCAGGCCCCAGGCAGGUCCCGCGCGCGAAGCUCGGGCCCAGGCCUCGCCAACGCAGUGGACUUCAAGCGCCACAUCGAGGUGUUGCACUACCUACUGCAGUCCUGGCCAGAUCCCCACAGGGCCCCGGAAACCCCGGGUCUCGCCCCGUGCCUUCGGCCCAAACGACAGCAGUCACUGCACUUAACACUAGCGGCCCCUGAAGUGGUGACUCGGCCCCGAGGCCGCAGCGGCCCAGAGAGCCCCCCGAGCAACCGCUACGCUGGUGACUGGAGCGUGUGCGGGCGGGACUUACUGCCGUGUGGGCGGGACUUCCUGACUGGGCCCGACUACGACCACGUGACGGGGAGCGACAGCGAUGAUGAUGACGAUGAUGAUGAUGACGACGACGACAACGAGGCGGGGGCACCCCAGGCCGCCGCCGACUUCGACGCAUUCGAGGCGCCCUUUAACCCGCACCUGAAUCUCAAGGACUUCGAUGCCCUGAUCCUGGACCUGGAGCGAGAGCUCUCCAAGCAGAUCCACGUGUGCCUCUGAGGCCCGUCCCCCGCCUGCGUGGGGCCGCCCUCCUCCCUCCCGUGCUGGGGAAACCAGUCACUGUGAGCCCGCUCUCGCUGCUGCCAGCCCAUCAGUAUUAGCUUUGAGCACCGCACUCUGCUCCUCCCUGGGCCGAGGGCUGUCCCACGCGUUGUUUGCACAGGGUAGGGUGACCCCGAUUCUGGGCUCUGACUCAGUAGGGUGGCCACAGCUGCAGAGGGGUUUGUGGAAAGAGUCUGCUUCUUCCCUCCUUUCCCCACACCUAAGAACGUUGAGCACUUACAAGACCUUCCUUUUGGAGGGGGUCCCACCUGAAGUGUUGGGCUGGGGCAGUUUGGUACGGAACUAUUUAUUGCCUCCGUGUGUGUUGUCUGUAUGUGAGGGCCAGUGUGUGUGCGUGCACAGGCCUAGGGUGUGCGUGAGAGGCUCUGGAGAGCCACCAAGGAGGGAAGAGAGUUAGCAGGGCCCAGACACCCUCACGUGCCACAGGCGGGAGUCGGCGCCGUCUGCCCCGCCACUGCCUCACUGCCAUCUCUGGACAAUAAAUCAGAUGCACAGGUCUGAGU